GCCGUUUUUGUAAAUACUCUCGAAGCCUAUUGUCGUCUUCGCUCAGUGGAUGUUCACCGCGAGCUGUCCAAUCAGCAUGGAUCUACUAUACCACCUCCAACGGCAUAUUACGAGAAUGUCUGGCCAUGUGUGUUGACCACCGGUGAUGGAGAAAAAUUGACUAUUGGAACACAAACGAUGAAUGCUUUAAUUACCUCGACUAUCCGCCUUCCAUAACUGCUUGACCUGAUUUUACAGUGAAAAGCAAAGCAGCAAUCAGCGUUUGCCAAAACCAAGGACUGCAUUAAUGCUGAGCGUUAAAUUAAACGUUUCACUUGAACUGGCGCAUAAAAGAGUAAAAAAAAUCUUCCCCGCAUUGUAAAGGAUUGAAGUCGUG